GUUUCGCCCGCUCCCUAACCACCCGCUGUGGGCUGUGGCUGAGUUGAGCUCGAGGCCGUACGCUUCCCCGCUCCACCCGUCGUUCCUCCCCGACCGACCUCGUCGCCGGCGAUGGCUUCCGCCGUGGCCGCUUCAACCGCCACGCGAUUCCUCCCGCAGCUCUCGGCCCCGUGGCUGCGUCGUGCGCGCGUGGCGCUUUCGCCAUCGCCGCCGCUGCCGUGGCGGCCUCUCGCGGCCAUCGUCACCACCUCAUCGCGCCGCCCUGCAGAAGGGGAAGGCGGGCGGCGAGGGAGGAAGCGGAGUCGCGCCAGGGGGACCGACCAGGAGGACCGCCUAGACCUCAGCUCCGAAAUGGAGACAACAAACUCCACCCCGCACGGUCAAACCAACAAGGGAACAAAGCCUGUUCCGGAGUCCAGCGUGACUGGCAAAGGUUCGGCCAUUAGAAGAGUUACACUGGUGGUUCUCGCAGCAGUGCUUUUUGGAGUUAGCAUCGCCUUGAGGGAUGGAGCUGAAAAGGCAUCGGAGUAUUUUGCUGGAUAUUUAUUGGAGCAGAGUUUAUCAGUGGACAAUCUCUUUGUUUUUGUACUGGUUUUCAAGUAUUUCAAAGUGCCAAAGGAAUACCAGAAUCGAGUACUUUCUUAUGGUAUUGCUGGAGCAGUGAUCUUUCGUGCUGUGAUGAUCAUCCUAGGAGUAGCAAGCAUUCAGAGAUUUGAGGCGGUGAACUUACUGUUGGCUUUGAUCUUGUUAUUCACUUCUUACAAGCUAUUUGCUGAAGAAGAAGAUGAAUCCGAUCUAUCCGAUAACUUCAUUGUGAAAGCAUGCCAAAAGUUCAUUCCUGUCACUGAUUAUUAUGACGAUGAUCGGUUUUUCACAAAUCAAGAUGGUUUAUGGAAAGCCACACCAUUGCUCUUGACUUUGGCCGUGAUUGAGCUGAGUGAUAUUGCUUUUGCUAUUGACUCAAUACCAGCAGUUUUUGGUGUCACGAGGGAUCCGCUUAUAAUACUAUCAUCAAAUAUUUUUGCUAUUUCUGGUUUGAGGUCACUAUACGUGCUCAUUUCUGAAAGCAUGGCUGAGUUGGAGUAUCUACAGCCUGCUAUUGGUAUCGUUUUGGGCUUCAUAGGGACAAAGAUGAUCUCUGAUUUUUUUGGCUAUCAUCUACCAACAGAGGCUUCCCUUGCAAUUGUUACUACCUGUCUUAGUGGAGGUGUCAUAUUAAGUCUUAGAAAAGCAUCAAAAGAGGAGAAGGACAAGUAGACAGCUUGCUUAGGAGCGAGCAGGUAAUAGUAUGGGUAUGGCUCAUUCACUGUUCAUGAUAGGAGGUAGAACACUGGUACUGUGCGCAUGGUAGCCUCCAUUGUUUACCUGAUUUGAGAGCAACUGAGCAGACGCCGUCUCAGCUGACGGAUGUGACCUUAGUAUAAAAUCACAGAUUGAUGGUCAAAGCAAUGGCAUAGGCUCCUGAUCCAAAUUUGGAGGUUCCAUGAGCUUGGUUCUCAACCAAAAAGGUUUUGGGGCCAGGUUACGAUUAGUGGCCAAUCUUUUUUUUUAUGGGGAUGAGUGGCCAAUCGAAGACCGCAGGACGCACACAACUGGGAAUCCUCUACUCGAAAUGUCUUUUGCUUGCUAAACGAGCUCAUAUUGUAUAUUCUGAACAUGAUGGGCUAUGAGCCGUGGUUUUACAGUGUAUGUAAAAUAACAAUGCUAUGCUCCUGUUCUAUAAAUUAUUAUAGUGUAUGUAGUUUAAUAUGUA